AUGCCUCACAACGACACCGCUCGAACCUAUUUCGAGCACUCCUCAGCCCCGCGUACCAACACCGACACGGUGAUCGUUGAAGCACUCCGAGCAGACUACCCAAACCUACACCUCACCGUAGUGCCCCGUCACAUUAUCAACUUUGAAGCCUACGCCGCCGCCGGACAAGCUUCAUUAGCGCCCAUCGACAAGGAGACCGAUCGAUUGAGCUGGAGGUAUUUCUUACCACCCGCUGCAAGACUCAAUGGGCAACGAGGUGCACUGGAGGAUGUUGUCAAGCUUGGCAAGUUUCUCCUCGAUUGGCAAGGGAAAGAGUACGUCUUGUACAUUGCUGAAGGUCGAGACGGCAACUACCCGGUUGUUGUUACAAAUCAGUAUGUCCUAUCCGCGUCCGUUGAAGCGACAAAUAAGCUGCUCUUCGAGGUUGGAGCCUGGAACAACGAUCUGCACAACGAAAUUUGGGUCUUCGAUGGAGGGCGGUGGCAGAAGGACGCCAACCUCUGGCAGAGUGUGCAGAAGAGCCACUGGGAGGAUGUGAUCUUGGAUGAGAGCAUGAAGAACGCCAUCAUCGCCGAUGUGGAGGGUUUCUUCGAAGCACGAGACACCUACGAACGCUUACGGGUGCCGUGGAAACGGGGGAUUAUAUACUACGGACCGCCUGGUAACGGCAAGACGAUCAGCAUCAAAGCCAUGAUGAACAGUCUUUACGCCCGCUCGCCUGCGAUUCCCACGCUUUACGUCCGUACUUUGGCCAGCUUUCUGGGGCCGGAAUAUAGCAUCAACCAGAUCUUUACGCGGGCAAGACAGACCGCGCCUUGCUAUCUGGUAUUCGAGGACUUGGACAGUAUCGUGACCGAUGCGGUCCGUUCGUACUUCCUCAACGCCGUCGAUGGUAUCGCAAAGAACGACGGGAUACUAAUGGUUGGAUCAACGAACCACCUCGACAGACUGGAUCCUGGAAUAGCCAAGAGACCAAGUAGGUUCGACAGGAAGUAUCUCUUCCCGAAUCCCAACAUGGAAGAGCGGACGAAGUACAUGAAGUACUGGCAAGCCAAGCUCAAGGACAACAAGGACCUUGAGUUCCCGGACAAGCUCUGCCCGGCCAUCGCUAAGAUCACGCCCGGCUUCUCGUUCGCGUACUUGCAGGAGGCGAUGGUCGCAACUCUGCUGGCGAUUGCGAGGGAUGACGACUCGUUCAGCGAGCGGGUGUGCCUAGAGUCGUUCAAGGGAUUGUACGACUGGGUGUGGACGGUGAGGCUGGAGGACGAGGAGGACCCGGAUCUGGAUAAUUACGUGCUGUGGCGUGAGAUCAAAAAGCAAGUUCGAAUUCUAAAAGAGGAGAUGGGAGAGAAGAGUGGACGUUAA